AAGCUCCCGCAUUCGCUUAAUUAGCACGCUUCUAAAGCUUCUUCCAGCACUAUGUCACCGAUACUCUAGGGCGAGGCUGAAUGUAAUUCGCUGGAGACUGGGUAGGCACCGAGAUCCAGGUCCGGAGAGCUAACGCUCACAACGUCAUUGACUUUUGGCAUGUUAAGAAGUUAGCGAGAUUGUACAAAGUCUCCGAGAAGCAUUAUAAGUAGGCACAAACUCCCCUUCUAAAUACAAGUCCAAUCCAACAGCCCUCAAACAAACAAUCAUAUCCUCAGAUCAGAUUCACUUCCUCACCUCAAACAUCUCAAAUAUCCAAAAUGUCAGCCAUGCAAGACACAACCGCAACCGCCCAAGCCGGCGAGACCGCCUACGAGAACACCAAAGGUCAAGGAGUUUCUCAUGCCACCGAUUCUUCUGUACCUGAGUCCGUCCAGCGAAAAGUGCCCGCUAGCGUCGAAGACAACCUCCCAGACAGUGUACACGAUACUGGAUCGAACUCCAAGACAGGAAAGGUCAGCCACGCUACGGGCGAUAGCAAGGUGCCGUUGAAGGUUCAGGAGGCUUUGCCCGCGAAGGUGGAGAAAAUUGUGCCCAAUUCUAUUCACGACACGAGGGGUGCAUUGUAAAGUAGAUUUUGA